AUGUCGCAUCGAACAAGCGAUGGUGGUGGUGUCACCAACAUUGUCAACGGUGUCACCGUGGUCGACUGUGAGAAACAAGUUAGAUCAUGGAGGCUUCUUCGCUCCUUUCUGGAGCUCCUCAUCCCCAGCUGCAACUGCACCACUUACCUAGAACAACAGAGAGAAGAGGACGUCGAAGCAAGACAAGGGAAGUAUAUGACCAACAACUACUAUAAUUCACGAAGAAACUGCAAUUCCACCAUCAUCAAAACCACCGUUACGGGUACAAUCUAUGGGCACCGCCGUGGGAAAGUUAGCUUUUGCAUCCAAGCAAACCCAGAGACCGCUCCCAUCAUCCUCCUGGAACUUGCUGUUUCCACUGCCCUCCUUGCAAAAGAAAUGGAGAGUGGGCUUGUCCGAAUUACACUUGAGUGCAACCUCAACUCUGGGACGAGUAACCUUCGCUCUUCAGCUCUUUUGUCAGUCCCACUGUGGACCAUGUACUGCAAUGGGAGAAAGGUGGGCUUUGCAAUCAGGCGCCGACCUACGCAGGCUGAUAUGGACAUUCUGUGGCAAAUGCGGUCUGUGUUCGUGGGCACCGGCAUUAUUAGUGGGAAGGAAGAACUCGAUGGUGACAAUGAGCUUAUUUAUCUACGAGCCAAAUUUAACCGUGUUACUGGAUCAUCCAACUCCGAAUCCUUCCAUUUCAUCAACCCUGAUCUGGACAUUGAUCAAGACCUCAGUAUUUUCUUCCUCCGCACUCAAUGA